UUACCAAACGUGAAUGCGAGGCAAACAGGGGCCUGUUUCAUUCAUAACAGAAUCCAGGAGCAAUUUCUGCGAGAAGUUGCUUACCUUUUUAUUCCGGAUUUUAGUCAAUAAAAUUGGUAUCAACAUGAGAUUUUUAACUCGAAAUAAAUUACUCAAGAUUUCGAGUUCUUGUUAUUAUGCCUUGUCAAAGAAGAAUGUACAGAUUGUAUCUUUAAGAAGGAGGGCUUUUUCAAACACAUUGGCUCUAUCAUCCAGUCAUUCACCACAUGAACAUGAAAUGAAAUUUGGACAUUUGCCCUUACAAAGUUUAUCGGAUGAGGAAAGGUUGAUGAAAGAAACUGUGUCUAGAUUUGCUGAUGAACAGAUAAAACCACAUGUAAUGGAAAUGGAUCAGAGUUCAUGCAUGAAAACAGAUAUAAUUCAAGGUUUAUUUGAUUUAGGGUUGAUGGGGCUUGAAGUGGAUGCAAAGUAUCACGGGACACACUCAAGUUUCUUUUCAAGCAUUUUGGUAGUUGAAGAGUUGGCAAAAGUUGAUCCCUCAGUGAGUGUACUAUGUGACAUUCAAAACACACUGAUAAACAUGUUGUUUAUGACACAUGGCACAGAGGAGCAGAAGAAUGAAUAUUUGCCGAAACUGACUACAUCAAUGGUUGGCAGCUUUUGUUUGUCGGAGGCAAGCUCUGGUAGUGACGCAUUUGCUUUGAAAACAACCGCCAGGAAAGAGGGAGGUCAUUACGUCAUAAACGGAUCCAAGCACUGGAUUUCGAAUGCCGAGCAUGCUGGUGUAUUUCUUGUUAUGGCCAAUGCGAAGCCGGAAGACGGCCACCGAGGCAUUACCUGUUUCAUUGUACCCAAAGGAACAAAAGGGCUCACUCUAGGAAAAAAGGAGGACAAGCUUGGGAUUCGUGCAUCGUCUACCUGCAUAGUUAAUUUGGACGACGUUCGGGUUCCAGAAACAAAUAUUCUUGGGAAGUUUGGCCAGGGAUACAAAUACGCCAUUGGCUCACUGAAUAUCGGAAGAAUUGGCAUUGCUGCACAAAUGGUUGGCCUAGCCCAGGGUGCCAUUGAUCAUGCAAUACCGUACAUCAAGGAGAGGAGUCAGUUUGGAAAGAAACUGUGGGAAUUUCAGUCAAUGCAACAUCAAGUUGCUUACGCUAGCACUCAGUUGGAGGCUGCCCGUCUACUCACGUAUAACGCUGCAAGGCUAAAAGAGGCUGGAAUGCCGUUUGUGAAGGAGGCAGCUAUGGCAAAGCUUUAUGCUGCUGAAGUUGCAAAUUCAGUUGCAUCGAAAGUCAUUGAUUGGAUGGGUGGCGUCGGUUUUGUUAAGUCUAAUCCUGUUGAGAAAUUUUACAGGGAUGCAAAAAUUGGUACAAUCUAUGAAGGAACAAACAACAUACAAUUAUCAACUAUUGCGAAAUAUUUAUAAGAAAAGCCCGAGUGAUUUUUAGACUCUGUAAGCCAGGGGUGAGAGAACCCAGUCACAAAAAUUUUUUCGUAACUUGUGUGAAUAGGCGCCUUUGUUAAGCAAAGUUUCGCAGAAUGUCUUCUCGUGCACUUUUUUUAACGUGUGAAAGAAGUAGGACUCUCAUGUGAACAAAGUAUGAACGAAGUAAAAUUACCACAGUAUUCUUAAAUUCAAUUAACAGAUACAAAAUUAGCUUAAGUCAUCUGUCAAUCAAUAAUUAGCCAAUCAGCUAGCGUGUUUGCUGUACCACGCUCUCUGAUUGGCCAAUUGUUGAUUGACAGAUGAUCGAAGUCACUUUCCAGGUAACUUAAUUUCAUUCGUUGACUUCUGGUGCAAACUUUGUACUUGAUACCCAUUUUCUCGAAGAUAUUUUCCUUUUUUAAAACACACCCUUUUCAUCAACCCUGAACAGCAGGAAGCAGCCCCCCCCCUCCAAAGAAAAAAUUCAGUGACAUAAUCUUUCGGCAAAUCAAAAAUAUUUUCAAUGUUCUAAGUUUUAUUUCCCAUUGCUCUAAUGCUUGAAAUUUUAUAGAUAUAUAAAAAUCGAUGAAUAAAUUCACUCAUAUUACGUCACCGUUUCCACCCAAAAAUUGUUUGUGUGCUCUAAAUUGGCUCACAAGUGUUUUUAUUUUACUUGUAUCCACGUUAUAUUAUUGCCAAUAGUCAAACCUGAAAAACGCCAUUUUCUUUGGUAAAUCCGGGGACUGGCACCCCUGAUCCCGAAUAUUUCUCUUUAGCUCCGCCCUUGAUAGUGAGAAAAAACAUAUGAAUGCAAAAGAAAGGAAUGACAGAAUGAAAAGUUCCAUAUAGAAGAUGACAAAAUAUAAAGAAGGAAAGGAACAAAUUCUGUUAAAGUAGUAGAAUACAGACAAAUAAUCCCGUGUAACCCAUCAAAAUAAUUUGGGCUUGAGAGGUCAUAUCCGAGAAAACGGAAAGAACUUACAAUGCUUGAUCCUGGAUUUAUGUCGAUUGGUAUCUAGGACUGAAUACCUGCCCCUCCCCUCUUCCCCUCAAAUAUAGCUCCCUUGCAAAUUUUGCAGCGUUGCUGAAAAGCGUCCAUAAAUAGCCCAACAUUCAUCUCCCUGCCAUCAUCCAUUCAGGGGUAUAGUACUAGGAGGCGCAGGGAGCUGAGCCCCUUUGUUAUUUUGAUAGCACUACACCCCUGUAUCCAUUGAUCGAGGAAGGGGCAAUUAAUUGCAAAAUAUCAACACUGUCUGCCCUUGAUUGUAGUUUGCAAUUUCUUUAGGUGAAACAUCAAUAACAUUUUCAUAUUUCUAUUCAAAUCCUACAGUGUUUUAAGUUUGAUGAUUUUAAGGUGCAUGGAAAAAGCUUUCGGUACCAAGUCAGAGCAAUGAUCAGUAGCAUGAGAUGCAAUCCAAGGGACAGGACAAAAGGAAAAAAAUUGAAGUCAAUCUUUUGGUAGUACAAAACUUGAAAAUGGCUUUGGAAUCUAUGUACAUAAGCACGAAAAAACUGCUUUUGUGUAGAGACAAAAAAAUUGUUCGUUUUCGCCUUCUCCAGGACUCCAUUGGUAACAUUCUCAAUAGGCAAGCGGAACUGAUUGGGCAACCUCAACAGUCAUGUGCUCGCAUUUCUAUUUAGCCUAUUUCGAUCCACAACUUAUUAUUUAUAUUUCCUAUCGUAGAGUUUUCGAUCUAUGUUCUGACGUUUUAUACUCUGAAGACUGUCAGAACAAAGGCUUUAGGCAGCCUUUCCACUACCCCGGGUUAAAACAAAACCGGGUUAAAAGUUUUCCGUUUUUAAAGUGAGUCAAUGGAAACGACAUUUUUCUUCGACCCGUUUUUAAUCCGCUUUUGCUCGUUCCUACUAAGCCGGGUUAAAAUGUAUUCAGAGUGAAAUAUUCGAAAACGUACGUAGAGUUGUAAGAGAAAUCAGUAUUUGCAUCAAUAAUCCUUCAAUUUCCAUCGUUGUAGGCCAAUAGAAGCAACAUCGACAUCGA